AUUUUCCGGAAAAAAAGUUGUGAUCGUUCAUUUCUACUCCAUCCGGGGAUUUCCACUGAAAUUCAAGAAGCUCAAAACUACCGCAAAACCAGAUACAUGAAACGCAGAGGGAGAAGAGAAAGUAAAACCCUCCAUUGACAGAGAUACGCAGUUUCUGCCUAUACACUAUUCGCGCGGAGGCUGGAGCCACACCAUCAAAGGAUUCCAUGUAUAGAGAUAGACAAGCUAUUUCACACUGACACAAGAGAAGAAGAAAACUGAUUGCUUUUUAACUUUUUCUCCAAUGGCAGAGAAACAAGACUCCACUACAAUUUCAACCACACCACCACGCCCCACCAUAUUGCUGCCGCCGAGGCCUUCUAUGGAUGCCUUUUUCACUGGUGGACUCAGUCCUGGUCCCAUGACUCUUGUCUCCUCUUUCUUCUCUGACAACUACCCCGACUCCGAUUGCCGCUCCUUCUCUCAGCUACUUGCUGGCGCCAUGGCUUCUCCAAUUGCCAGGCCGGCCUUUUUCACUGACACUUCUGUGCCCAAUGAUUAUUCUUCUUCUGUGAAGCAGGAUGGGGCGGAGAAUAAUACUAAUUUGGGGUUUAAGCAGAGUAGGCCUAUGAAUUUGUUGUUGGCUCCUUCUCCACUGUUUACUGUCCCUCCUGGGUUGAGCCCUUCUGGUUUGCUAAACUCGCCUGGGUUCUUUUCUCCUCCUCAGAGUCCCUUUGGAAUGUCCCACCAGCAAGCCUUGGCACAGGUUACAGCUCAAGCUGCUCUAGCUGCUCAAUCUCAUAUGCACAUGCAAGCUCAAUAUCAACCUGCUCCAGUAGCAGCUUCCACGGAGUUAUUGACACACCAUUCAUCCUUUACUACUGGUGAAGCUUCACAGCAGCAGAUGCUGCCUUCAACUUCAGAGCCUCCAAGUUCCAUGGUGGAAUCAUCAGAUCCCUCUCAUUCUGAUAGGAAACAGCAGCCUCCUCUUGCUGUUGAUAAACCAAGUGAUGAUGGCUACAACUGGCGCAAAUAUGGGCAGAAGCCAAUUAAGGGUAGUGAAUAUCCGCGAAGCUAUUAUAAGUGUACACAUCUGAAUUGCCCUGUCAAAAAGAAGGUUGAGCGUUCCAGUGAUGGCCAAAUAACUGAGAUCAUCUAUAAAGGCCUGCACAAUCAUGAACAGCCUCAACCCAAUAAGCGUGCAAAAGAAAAUAGUGACCUAAAUGGAGGUAUAAAUUCUCAGGCUAAGCCUGAACUUAGCUCCCAAGCUCAAGCUGGUAAUAUGAACAAGAGUGAAACAAUAUCAACUCAUUCAGCGCAUGGGAGGGAGCAGGAAUCUACUCAGGUAGAUCUCAUAGAACUACCUGGAUCAAGCGACAGUGAGGAAGCCGGUGAUGGAGCAACAAGAGCAGAACAAGAUGAUGAUGAGCCGAAUCCAAAAAGAAGGCACACAGAUGUUGGGAUAUCUGAGGCUGCUUUACCACACAAGACAGUCACAGAACCUAAAAUCAUUGUUCAAACAAGAAGUGAGGUUGAUCUUUUGGAUGAUGGCUACAGGUGGCGCAAGUAUGGCCAGAAGGUAGUGAAAGGAAAUCCCCAUCCAAGGAGUUAUUACAAAUGUACUAGUGCAGGAUGCAAUGUUCGUAAGCAUGUUGAGAGAGCUGCAGCAGACCCCAAAGCUGUCAUAACUACAUAUGAGGGAAAACAUAAUCAUGAUGUUCCUGCAGCUAGAAACAGCAGCCAUAACUCGGCCAACAACAAUGCUCAGUUGAAACCUCAAAAGGUGGUGACCGAGCAGCAUCCGUUGCUUGAAGGGAUGGACUUUGGAAACAAUGAGCAAAGGCCAAUACUUCUACAACUAAAAGAAGAGGAAAUCACUGUAUAAAUGCUCUCUCUGCUGAUAGCUUCUAGACAAAUCAUGAGGAUGAUUCUUGCCUGCUAACAUGUUACAAUGAAGAAACAUGAGAAGAAAGGAAUGUUAUUUGUAAGUGUGAGAAUUUAGCAGUGAUGGUUAUUUUUAACCCUUUAAUUUUUUACCUUUUUGGAUGAAAAGACCGUUUAUAAGAGAAUGCUGUAUUCGCUACAUGUUCUGUACAAUUAAAUUUGACAAAGUGGCACUGUAUAUGACCGUUCACACUGGAGUGGAGAUGACAAUAACCAAGGUUUGAAUGUAAUUCAACUUCUGUUUAGUUUCUGCUAAUUGAGGCUGUCUCCUGAUGUUCUGUUUAUGCUGAAGGUGUGAAGGACCCAUAUAGAGGCAAAUAUGUAAUCAAUUUACAAAAUUGAGAUCCUGUUGUAUUUUGAACUGGUGAAACCUUGCUCUAAGAGUCGAUCCACUGUCUUAUUUUAUA